AUGGGGGUGGUCCUCUCACCCCACCCUGCCCCAAGCUGCAGGGAACCCCGGGCGCCCCUGGCACUGGCGCCCGGGACCCGCCCUGGCCGGAGCCCUGGGGUUUCCAGGAGCUCACGGUCGGCUCUGCGCCCCUUCACCUCCGGACCUGGGCCUGGGCCAGGGCUGGGCUGGGGCGGGGCAGCGGCCUCGGGGCGCUGGGUCCCUGCCCCUGCCGUGCACUGCGCGGCUCCCCGCGCCGCAGCGAGGCACCAGCGCCACCACGGACCGCCCCCGCGCCCGCCCGACGGCGCCCCGCUGCGCUUUAAGAGCCGGCCUGGCAGCCCAGCGCCAGCCGCCCAGACCGGAGAGACCAGCCUGCGGGAGCAACCCCAUGGCGGGCCACCAGAUGUGCCAUUCGUGGUGCCCCCUUCCCUUCAAGGCCGAGAUUGGGUGCCCCUGCACAGUGGAGAGUGGACCCAUGCCCCAUGGGACUCCUGCCCGGCAUCAGAGCUUCUGCCUCACACCACCAGUGGCGGCCUUGGAGAUGCAUGUAUGGUAGGGGCUAUUAACCCAGAGCUGUACAAGUUCCCAGAGGACAAAAGUGAGACCGACUCCCCUGCUGGCUGCCUGGGGCGGCUGUGGUUCUCGGUGGAAUAUGAGCAGGAGGCUGAGCGGCUGCUGGUGGGCUUGAUCAAGGCACGGCACCUGCAAGCCCCCUCGGAGACCUGCAGCCCCCUGGUGAAGCUCUACCUGCUGCCCGAUGAACGGCGCUUCCUCCAGUCCAAGACCAAACGCAAAACCUCCAACCCGCAGUUUGACGAGCACUUCAUCUUCCAGGUGUCCAGUAAGACUGUCACCCAGAGGGUGCUGAAGUUCUCUGUCUACCACGUGGACAGGCAGAGGAAGCACCAGCUCCUGGGCCAGGUGCUAUUCCCCUUGAAGAAUGAGACCCUGGCGGGGGACUGCCGGCGUGUCAUCUGGAGAGACCUGGAGGCCGAGAGCCUGGAGCCCCCCUCGGAGUUUGGCGACCUCCAGUUCUGCCUCAGCUACAACGACUACCUGAGCCGCCUGACGGUGGUUGUGCUGCGUGCCAGGGGCCUCCAGCUCCAGGAGGACAGAGGCAUUGUCAGUGUGUUUGUCAAAGUGUCUCUGAUGAACCACAACAAGUUUGUCAAGUGCAAGAAGACUUCAGCUGUGCUGGGCUCCAUCAAUCCUGUGUACAAUGAGACCUUCAGCUUCAAGGCCGAUGCCACCGAGUUGGAUACCGCUAGCCUCAGCCUGACCGUGGUGCAGAACACGGAAGGGGACAAGAGCCAGCAGCUGGGCCGAGUGGUGGUGGGCCCCUACAUGUACACCCGUGGCAGAGAGCUGGAGCACUGGGACGAGAUGCUCAGCAAGCCCAAGGAGCUGGUGAAGCGCUGGCACGCGCUCUGCCGCAUCACGGAGCCCUGACCCUUCUCCCAGCACCGCAGUUCCGCUUUGGGAGCCGACCGUCCUCGCAGUCCUCGCAGUUGCACGUGACAGUCACAGCCACAAGCAUGGCCCUUUCAUCCAACAGCUCCCUGAGCUGCCAGGCCAGCCCGAGCCAGGAGAACGUGAGUGCUGAUUUGCAGGAGACAAGAGGGGACAAAGAAGCCCCGGCCCAGUCAGCAGCUCCGGCCAUACAGCCUUCCGACACACUCCCUCCUCCUUACCGGCGGGGCUGCCUGGGUUCAGAAUCCCGGCUCCUGGUCCUCACAGCCCUAAUUUGGACCAGAAUCUCAGGUGCUCAGAAGAAAGAUCCUGUUUAGGGAUGACCCAGCUCUACCUGCUGAACGGAUGUGCAGGGUAAACUUGGGUGUCUCCAUCUGGAAAAGCUGAUGAUGUGUUCACGCAGUCGAUGACCCUUGCUGCUUUUUCAGCCAGGGUUUCUCUGCCUUCUGCCUGGCAGAAAAAAACAUACUGUUAUGGGGAAAAUCACGGAGAGCGCUGUGAGCAGCACACUCAGGCACCAAGUGUCGACAUGGCUCACUGUGCUGGGUGAGGGCCUCCCCAAGCUUUAGGUCCUCCACGGGGCUGUGUCAAAUGCCCUCCCACAUUGUGUCAAGUCUGCCCGUGGCCCACCCUCCCCACAGUCUCAAAACCACAUAGCCCUAGUUCUCCAGCUGUUCUGCUGCUGUUUCUAUGCUCUCCCUGAUUAACAGCAUUCAGUUCCUGGGCUUUCCCUUUGCGCAGGAAAUGGUGAAAGCAUGUGGCUAUGGUAUAGCCCACAGGGCUGAGAUUGUUGUGUUGCAGUAUUGAUGUAAAAUUUGUUAAGAAGGAAGUACCCAUAAAUCACUCCCAUCAAUUCCCCAGAGGUUGCACUCAAGCUAGUGGGCAGCCCUUGUGCUUGUCACAGUUACCGUAACAGGCAGUGUGUAUUUGCACCUGGCACUGUGCAGCCUGCACGUCAACAUGUUGUUUUGCAUAACUGGAACAGAACAUGGAACCAGUAUCUCUUUCUCUUUUUUUUUCCUUCUUUUUCUUUUUUUAUUUUAUUUUUUUGAGAUGGGGUUUCCCUCUUGUCACCCAGGCUGGAGUGCAAUGGCGUGAUCUCCGCUCACUGCAACCUCCGCCUCCCAGGUUCAAGCGAUUCUCCUGCCUCAGCCUCCCAAGUAGCUGGGAUUACUGGUGCCCACCACCAUGCCUGGAUAAUUUUUUUAUUUUUAGUAGAGACGGAAUUUUACCAUGUUGGCCAGGCUGGUCUCGAAUUCCCGCCCUCAGGUGAUCCACCCGCCUCAGCCUCCCAAAGUGCUGGGAUUACAGGCUUGAGUCACUGCACCCAGCCUGACCAGUAUCUUUUUCUUAUGCAGUGAAACAACUUUAGCAAAAGAGGCAAUGAAUGUUAUACUGAGUUUGUACCUCUUUAACUCCACCUCCAGUUUCUGUCAAUCUACAAAUACAAGUGUCGCCUGGCAGUGGUUCAUAUGGACAGAAUAUCUUGUGUUUGCUUUUUGUCACUUAUUUCACUUGCACAUUUUCUUUCUUUUUUCUUUCUUUUCUUUUUUUUUUUUUUUUGAGACGGAGUCUCACUCUGUUGCCCAAGCU